AAGAAUUCCGAGGGGAGCAGGACUUGAGGGAGUAACCUGACACCAGACUCUUUUCCGUUGGUUUCUUGUGUCUGAACGCUCACAGCCGAAAGUAAAACCCUGCAGUUUAUUCAUUUGAAGAAAACAAGUUCUCCAUAAAGGGUUCUCCUCUGUUCUAGUGUUGACGUAAGCAGUUUUUUAUGCUGUUUUUGGGCUAUGUUCAGAAAAGAAUCAUGAAGACCUGGAAUUUGCUUCUGCUGCUGCUCUGUCCGAGCCUCAUGGGUGGACGUGGACAGGAAGAGGGACUUCUGCCUUGUAAACCUCAGAAUCUGAAUUUGACCAGCUCUGGACAGACACUUCAGUUGAGGUGGGAAGACGACCCAUCAUGCUCUUCCAUGACUGACGCGUUCAUCUAUGAGCUGAUAGUUCUUGUAGCAGACAAGCAAAUGCAUUAUGAUGAAGGUACUUUGAUGCCUGAUCAAACUGAGAGGAUUCACACCUGGACCUGGACACUGCCCCUGGACUGUGGCCCCCAUUCAGUCCGAUUGACAUACAGAUAUAACAAUACAAGCUCAUGGGCAGAACAAACACUCAGCGGAAGAGACAUUUCAAAAACGGAGGUGUUUCCAAAGGAUAGGCUGUUUGAAGUUGGCAGUAGGGCUACCUUCUGCUGCGUAAUGCCUCCUGGAGAGAGCUUUGUCAACAUGUCCUUUGAUGAUCAUAGUGGCUCUAGCAUUAGCAGGAUCAGCAAUCAAACAUACGCCAUGACUGUCCUCCUUAAGGAGGCAUUGGGAGGAUGUAUUGAUGUCAAAUGUGAAACAAGCAAAACUCAAGCUGGAACUUGUACUUUCAUCAGCUAUUCACCUGCUGACAGAGAUCUUCAGUGUGAAACACAGGAUCUAGAAUCAGUUGAUUGUCAGUGGAGUCUAGGAAGAAAUGAUUACUGGUAUCAUCACAAUCCAAUGGAAUACCAUCUGCUGGGAAGGGAAGAGGCUUGUCUGUCCUUCAGUACACCUCCGUCAGGACUGACGGGUCGCUGCUCUCAGAAGGUUCAAGUGGACGUUGGUGAGAAAAACUGGACCUUAACAGCACAAAAUAAGCUGGGAAAGGUGACGCUCUACGACCACGCAGACCUGUCUAGAAGGGUCCGCAUGUCAGCUCCAGAGGCUGUAACGGUUGUAAAUGUCAAUGCCAGAAAUGCCAGCUUGCAGUGGGGGUGGAGGGUGAAGAGAUACUACCGUAUGAGCACAAAAUGCCAAAUCAAUCUGAACUUGGGCAACACUAUAACUGAAGUCUUUGGACUUGGGCUUAACGGGACACUUCUGACUAACUUGAUACCGAAUGUUUCCUAUCGAGUGAAAAUACGAUGUGGAACAACACAGCAUUUCUGGAAAUGGGGAGACUGGAGUCAAAUUGUCGACUUCCACACAAAGACUGAUGUUCCAGAAGCUCUCGAUGUGUGGAUGCAGAGAAACAAUAACGCGACUAGGAUUGUAUGGAGAAUCCCACUGGCCAACCAGAGUGGAGGAGAGAUCCUAGAUUACACUGUGGCUUUGACAAAGGCCAGUGAGAGAGGUCAACAAAACACAACCACAGUACCUCGCACCAACAACUUUCUCAUGCUUACUCUGGAUCCUGCGGAGGAGUACACUGUCACUGUCACGGCGAGGAACAUCAAUGGUAGCUCACCCCCAGCAACCAUCACUAUCCCAACUCCAGAUGAAACCCGAGUGAAAACAUCCAGGAUACGUGGAACUAAUGGAGCGUUUUACGUGUCCUGGAGGGACUCUCCUGAGGCCAGCUGUGGUUACAUAGUGGACUGGUAUCCAGUAGAGAGACCGUGGUCUGUGGAUUGGCUGAAGCUACCUCCCAACCAGACCAGUGCCAACAUAACUUCCAACCUCACAGACGGAUGCAGAUACUUUUUGUCAGUAUAUGCCUGCACUCAGGGAUCUCCAGUACUGCUGGAGAACAGGGAGGGCUACGCCACAGAGACCAAGAUAGAAAGGAAGCUGUUUACGUCGUUGAAACAUGAACAGAAGAACUUGGACGUGGAGGUGUCCUGGGACCCCAUCCCUCUCAGACAACAGACUGCCUAUAUUCAAGGCUACAACCUCUCCUGUUGGAACAGCAACAAGCAUGUAGUUAAUGUGAGCACAGCCAAUCCUGAAGACACCAGACUGACCGCACAAGGGCUGAAAGUGGAUUCAUAUCAGUUCGUUCUGACAGCACAGACAGCAGUUGGAGAAUGCUGCAAAGAAACCUUCAGUGUAACUUUAAAUUCCCCAACUGAUAAGAUGACCUGGUUAGUCUUGUCUUCCCUGGGGGCAUUGUUUCUCUUCCUCUUCUUUGUCACAAUAAUCUGCUACAAGCAGUGGAGAUGCAUCAAGCAAAAGAUCUUCCCUCCAAUCCCCAAACCUGUGUUGGUAAACAAGUGGAUGACUUCACCAGAUUCUCUUCAAAGUCCGUAUCUGCUCAGUGCUCAGGUUCAUCCCAUAGACAUUCCACAGCUCUGUAAUAAAGUGGUACCUGAGUGUGCCACUGAGGACGGCAGCCAUUGGACCUUCUCACAAACCCCUGAGGGCUACUGCAACCAGCCUCUUCAGAGGUUCACUCCCUCCCAUCUCAGUGCAGACUCCACCAGGAUCAAUUUACCCUCUUCUUCCUUUAGAGGCGAUGUUCAAAACCCAUCCUAUGACUUGAGGGUUUGGAGUGAGGAUCAGAAUUCCAGCUCAGAGUAUCCGCUUCUGGACGCCUCACCUUCCAGUCAAUACAAGCCUCAGGCUUGCAUGGAAAUCUUCUGGCCAGACCCAGGAAGGGAGGGGUCGAAGAAAUGUAUUCCCUGUGACUCUGCUUAUAUUUCGUUACCGCGGUAACAGACCAAAGCAACACUGUACAAAGCAGAAGGAAUUGACACAGGAAUGGGCAGCUACUUGUCAAAAUUGGGAAAGUUCAUCUGAUUUCUCAGUCAUUUACACUGAAACAGAGAGGGCAAAAUUACAGCAAACUGAAAAAUCGCAUGGUCUGCCCUCAGACCUGCUUCUGUGGCUCUGAAUUCUGUCCAUUUCUUCUGAUCCUCCUUGAGAUGAAUCUACUUCUUCAUUGGAGUUCAGAUGUUUUUGAUCAGGCUGACUGGACUUGCUUAGGGAAGUCACACAUCUGUCCGUCUAAAGCUGCACUCACACCAAAUGGGAUUUACCUGGGAAAUUCACACCAGCCACCUCUACAUGGACAUAGGGCAAAUUCGCAGCUCGACGCGUGUCCUCAUAAAGUUGACGCCCCAGGUGCAUGUGGGAGGAGCUAACACCAAAAGCCUGAUCGCUACAUGGAGCAGUGUCUGUAUAUCCAAUUUACAAUCCAGACAUUUACAAGAAAUUCAAGCAGAAACUCUUGAAAAAGUUCAAUGGAUGCAAGAAUUGUGAAGCUGCUACAAAAUAAGAGUCCUAAGUUCAACUUGACCUAUGAAGAUGUUUUUGAUGGAAUAGCUUUAGAUUUCAGUAAUAUGACCUCCUAAUGGAGAAGAUUCAACAAAUGACUCAGUUCUUUAGAAUCUAUAAAUGUUGAGAAACUCUGUUGUGUAAAAAUGUGGAACAUUUGAAGGUUUUUAUUUUAGAAAAAAUACUGUUAUCUUUGGGUGGUUUAUUCAAUAACAUUUUAUAUAUACAGUUAGUGACUUAAAAAUGAUGCUGACUGUCAUUUGCAUUGAAGUUUUAGAUUUGGAUAAGAAUUUGAAUUAUAAUUCCGACUGGGCACAAAGUGCAAUUAUUAAGUUCUCCUUUGUGAUCAUGUUUACAAUGGUUGACACCUCCGUGUUCUGAAAUGGUCGGUCCCUACACAUCACUACCAAAUCCAAGUCCCUGACUGGUCAAACUUCAGCGUUUUUGCUUUUUUUCAGUCAAAAGAUCAGCUGGUUGAAUAUCAGCGUUUGUUCAGUGAACCCCCAGUUUGUACGUGGAGCCGGAGAGCAGACUUAGAAGCUUGCAUAGCCACGCGUGAAUGAAAGGGUUUCAAGUGCAGAUGCCUGAAACACGGUUUUUGUAGACCUAUCAUUGAAAGUGUCGGCUUGACGCGAGAUACUACAGCCGGGGUGAAUGUAGUUAUGAGGUGGAAGGAACUGCACAGAUCUGACCAAGACAAUUUCUGCAGCACUAAAGGUUCCUCAGAGCACAUUGGUCUCCAUAAUCCCUAAAAUAAAAGAAGUUUUCCAUAACCAGAACUCUACAAUACCAAACUGACGAGCCCAACGGAGCAAUCAUCUGAGCAGAGCCUUGGUGAGGGGAACCAGAGAUCCCUGUGGCUGAGCUCCAGAGAUGCAGCAGGGAGAUGGGUUAGGUCAUCUAUCACUACAGCUCUCCAUCAGUCACGUCCUCUGGAGUAAACAUUAAAGACCCACUCCAAUGAAAACGGUCUUUUUGAUGUUUUAACAUGUUUUUGUACCAUUUUUAUACACUCAAAAUAAAAACUGUGUUUUGGAUUUUUUUCUUUCUUCAAACCAUGUUGGAUCAGGAGCAGAUGAAAAAAUGAUGUUUGAAAAACUCGUGUUUAUGACACAGCAACUGAAAUGGAUGAGCCAAAGUCUCCUUUCUCUGCUCCAACCCAGCUGGCAAAGCCAAGUGUCCCCAUAUGAUUAACUUUACUUUUGCAAACAUAACAUCGUUGCCCCGUGUUAACUCCCCCUUUUUGAGGAUAGCCUACAUCCUCAACUCAGUAACGGAACAUCCUUUUAAUGCACAACACACAUCAUCAUCGUGCAUCCACACACUUAGCAUCCCUCACACAUUGCUUUAUUUCAUUUGUCUUUUAUUUUACUCUAUCUAUGUCUAGUUAUUAGUUGAAAGCUGUCUUCUAUGUUUCACAUUUGCUGAUUGCUGUUCAUGUUUUUACAUCCAGUAUAUCUGCUUGCUUAACCUUAUGUUAUUAAAUAAAUAUUAGAAAAGGACGUCGUUCAGAUAUUAACUCUAUUUCGUGGUUAAAGUCAAUUCAAAUGAAACAAAUGACCUAAAGUUGAGACACGUAUAAACUAAUUAUUACUUUAUUGAUUAGAGGAAGCAGCUGACCAUUAAUGAGUAAUGUUUUUCCUUCAUUACAAAGAUGUUGCCCUGA